AUCUAUAAUUUGUUGCUUUUCCGACAGAGAAUGCUUUAUCUCUCCUCCGUGGUCUAAAAACAGAGAUCCUAGAAGAAGAAGACAAAAUCUUUACCACCAGAUCUUUCUCUCUUCUUCAUCUUUACAGCUUGUCACAUCACUAUAACACCGAAACUCUCGGACCCUCAAGCCCCCUAAAAAAAAAAAAAAAAGCUUUUAUCUUUUUCCAGAAAAAUCAAUCCUUUUCUCUUUUCUCAAUUCAUAUCCCUCCGAUGAGGUGUAAGAGACACACCGUAGAUUUCAGCAGCAGCACCAACGGCGUAUGCGCUUCUUGCCUCCGUGAACGUCUCCUCUCCCUCGCUGCUUCCGCCGCCGUCACAGCCGCCAUUGAAGACAACAAUCAUAACCAAUCACGCAAAUCUAACAAUCCUCCUCCGCUUUUAAUAUUCCCUCGCUCUGUUUCUCCUUAUGUUACCCGUAGAAAAUCCGACGCCGGAGCUGGAGGAGAUCCUUUAACAUCUUCUAAUCGGAGAUUCAUCACAACCCCUCAAGUAGAUCUCGCCGGCUACUCAUGCAAAGACUUCGAAUCGAACCGAUCUCAUAAUAAACCAAAAGAGAAUAAAAAAAAUUCGUCUAGAUUCUCUAAUCUAUUCAGAGCUAGAUCUGAAGAUUUCGAUUCGAAUCCCAAAUCCAACAAUCAUAGAUUCUCUAGCGACGCGUCUGAGUCUUCGUCGUCUUCUUCACGGUCAUGGAUCUCGACGAUUCUCUCAACCGGUCGCCGGAAAAAGCAGCCGUGUUACAUAGAAGAUGUAAUCGCAGGUCGUAGACCUCAGCGUAUAUACUGUAGAGGAAUGUCACCUGCGAGAGAUACGACGGAAGCGGAGCCGUCGUCGGAAUCGUUAGAGGAAUUGAGAAGCACACCGGCGACGACGAAAACUCCGGGGAGGAGGAAGGUUGGGAAUGGGAUAGGGAAAAAGAGUAUGUCCGGGAUGGCUUUUUGUUUGAGUCCGUUGGUGAGAGCUAGUCCUAACUGUCCGUUUAAACGGAGAAUGAGAUUUCCGUCGGAAGUUGGUAAUUCCGGCGAGGUUAGUACGGAGCAGGAGAAGCCUCAUAUAUCAGCUGCGGCGUCGUUUUGUGCAAAUAGAUCGAAGAAGCUUGUGGAUUUAGGUAGAGUUGAUCGCCGCCGUUGAGUUCGUUUGGUGGUUUAGUCUGGUCAACGUAUUUGUUUGACUUGUGGAUGGAUAGUAAAUUUUAGUUUACCGCUCGUGUGGCUUUUUCUAAAGAUGGAAUUUUCCAAAAAUCAAGCUUUUUAUUUGGCUUGAGGUGAGAAAUAAUCAGAAUGGAACGUAGUUUGUAAUUGUAAUUUGUAACUACCACCUUGUAACGUUUUGUUUCUGAUUGUAAUUGUAGAGUUUGAUGGGCUAAAUAUUUUGGUUCAGACAAGCAAUG